ACAACCACCAGAAGACACCAGAAGGAAGCCAGUGUUGGGGAAACUUGGCACUCUUUUUACGGCUGGAAGGAGAAGGAACAGCAGGAACGGGUUAGAGAGUCCCACCAACUCAAAUACCAAAUCGGUCCCUGCUAAACUCUCUGAAACAGAGAGUGAGAAAACUAAGGCUCAGGGUAGUCAACCAAAGCCAACCAAUGCGGGCUCCGGGCAGGUGGCAGGCCAGCCAGCAGAAAGCUUUGUUCAGACAACCCCCUGCGACGUCGAACUGUCACCUUGCUCCAGCAGCAGUGUAGGGGUUGUGCAGCAGAGCCACGACAGUGAUUCAGUCCAAUUAGAACCUCUGCAGGCAGAGGGAGAAACUUUCCCAAAUGCCACCACCGCUGCCAAGGAGCCGCAUUCCUCACCGGGGAAUUGCUCGGGGCAGGAGAGCGCAGAGACGCCCGCCCGCAGUCCGGGGGAGGACGCGUUGCCAGGCGCUGCUGGCCUCCAACCAGAGACAGCGAGGGGUGUGUCGGGGUCGCCACCUGAGGAGCGCCUCGUGGGAGGACUUGGAGAGGCCCCCGCCAGAGCCCCUGGCGUGGGUGCCGAAGUGGGCUCUCUGGGGGCCCCCGGGGACGCGGUUGCUCCAGGUGACCCUCCCUCCCUGAGCGCAGAGACCAGCCGCACAGCCCUCUCCGUCGACCGCGCGCAACCCUCCAAGGUGCUAACUUUGGACAUCUACUUGAGCAAGACUGAGGUGGCGCAGGUGGACGAGCCGGGCCCUAUAGCUCCGGGGACAGACGAUUGCGACGAUUCGGACGACAUGGAGAGGAGGUCAAGCGGCCGCCGGUCGGGCCGGCGGAGGAAGUCGCAAAAGUCCACCGAAUCCCCAGGCGCGGACGCCGCGGCGCCUGAGAGCGCGGUCAAGGACGACGCGGUGUUCAACGACGAGGUGGCGCCAGACGCGGCCGCUGAGAACGGCCCGGCGGAAGGGAAAGUGAAAUCCGCACUCGCGACUCCCGACGCGGGCGCAGCCUCCGCCGCCAGUCCGGAGCCCAAACCCAGCGCCGGCCCCCGGGGACAGCUCCGAGGGGAGCCGGACCGCGGCAAGCAGCUGACCCCCGCCUCGUCGCCCACCAAGCGGAGGGGUCGCAGCCGCGUCCCCGAGGCGGUGCCCAGCAGCGGCCCGCGCGCUCCCGCCAAGGAGUCUCCACCCAAGAGGGCGCCAGCCGCGGCGGACGGCGGGGAGGAGGCGGGCCGCGUCGUCCCGCGCGAGCUCACGGUCCGGAGCAGCUCGCUGCUGCCCGAGAUCAAGCCGGAGCACAAGAGGGGCCCGCUGCCCCACCACUUCGACGGCCGGGGCGACGGGGGCCGCAGCCGAGAGUCGGCCAGGGGAGCAGGAGCGUCGGACGCCGAAGGCCUGAAGCCCAGGAACCAUUUCGGUGUGGGCAGGUCCACUGUGACCACUAAAGUGACCCUUCCUGCUAGACCUAAAAAUGUGGAACUAAAUCUGAAAACCCCAAAGAACCCUGACAGUUUGGGCAAUGAGCACAAUCCGUUUAGCCAGCCAGUUCAUAAAGGAAACACUGCCAACAAAAUCUCCUUAUUUGAAAACAAGCGGGCUAACAAUAGCCCUAGACACCCCGACAUCCGCAACACAAGGAACAAUCCUCCCUCUAAUAAGACAUUUGUUGGGAGAGCUAAGCUAAACUUAGCCAAGAAAGCCAAAGAAAUGGAGCAACCUGAAAAGAAAGCCUUAUCAACCAGCCACCAGAAUGGCCUGGUGACCAAGGAGGCAUCCACAGAUGCCAAAGGUUCGGAAGUCCCUAGCCCCAGAGAAGAGAUUCUGCCAACCUCCAGGGGAGGGGGAGGAGAGCCCAUGGAGGAUCAGGUCCAUUGCCCUGAGCCUAAUCAAAGUGAUAAGGCAGAUGUGCAAACAGAUGCUGCCUGUCGUGCACAGCCAGUGCCCACUGCUGGGAUUCCUGCCGAGGACUCUGAGCUCUCAGGAGAGCUCCACCCAGAGGCUGCUGACAGCAAAAACCUUGUACUUGACAACAUGAGUGAUACUGCACAGGACAUCCCCGCCAUUCUUAAUGCCAGAGAGUCUCCUCCAAAGCCACAGGGUGCAUUUUCUGACUCACAGCCCGCAUCUGGGUCAUCUAGGGAGUCUUCUCUCCUGCCUCCUGCUCCCAUUCCCGAGGAUGCUUUUCAAGACGGCUGCGUUCAAGUUUCCGUACGCAGUUUUCCAUGCCCGGAUCUAAAAGUGUCUGAAAACCACAAUGAAUGUGAUUUGCCAGUAUCUCCUCCCACUGAGAAAGAGCCAGCCUCCAAACUUGGAGCGGGAGAAGCCAGCCCCACCUCAUCCCCAGAUCACAGCUCAGAAACUGUGGGGAAUGAGUGUCCAUCCAAGGUCCUCGUCCAGGUCCGGUCCUUUGUUCUUCCUGUGGAGAGCCCUCAGGAUGUGAGCUCCCAGGUCAUCUCAGAAAGCUCCGAAGUUAGAGAGGUGCAGCUGCCAAGUUGUCACAACAAUGACCUUGAAGUAGUUUCUGUUGCUCCUUGUGCUCCCCAGCAGGAGGAUGUACCUGGCACAUCACCUGCGCACACCCAUUGUACAGAAGAGCAUGUGACACAGUCUCGCCCACACAUCAUACAGCCAGAACCCACAAAGGCUCUGCCUGUCCAGGCUCCAAGUCAGAGCAGCAGGACAUCCUUGACAGCCGAGUUCAGCCCCAUCCACUCUCCCAGCAGCAAACGUCAUUCAGAAAGUCCCCAAAGGCCAGGACAAAAUGGCACCAGUCAGAGUACCCCUACCAGUCUUUUGAACAUUUCUGUUAGUAGUGACGAUAGUGUCUUUGAUUCUUCUUCUGAUAUGGAAAAAUUCACUGAGAUUAUUAAAAAUAUGGACAGCACAGUAUGCGUGCCCCAGAAAAAAAAGAAGGCCCGGAUCCCAAACUCUCCAGCCCCUCACUUUGCCAUGCCUCCGAUUCACGAGGACAGUUUAGAAAAGGUGUUUGAUCCCAGUGUGUUUACCGUCGGCCUGGGGAAGAAGAAGGAGAGCCAACCAGAAAUGUCACCAGCCUUGUGUCUGACGCAGAAUCAUGACCCACUUUCCAAACUGAGAGCAAAGCGAGCAUCCACUGAACAGAGUGUCCUCUUCAAGUCCUUGCAUGCUAACACCAAUGGGAAGAGUGAGCCUCAGACAGCCUCGGAUGACAAAGAGAACAGGGGCAUCACCAACUGUGGUGUGAAGAGAUCAAGGCUAGAAAAAAGCACGCUUUUCUCCAGCAUGCUCUCUUCUCUGCCACAAGACAAAAUCUUUUCUCCCUCUGUGACGUCAGUCAACACCAUGACCACAUCUUUUAGCACUUCCCAGAACAGAUCUGUAUCUCAGUCUUCGUUGGUACAGCCCAGGAAGGAGGGUGACCCGCCCUGUGGCUCAGACAAAGACCAACCACAUCUUGCACCGAACAACUCCUUAAAGGUCUUCAAUUUCAACUCAUCAGAUACAUCUCGUCUGGGUUUGAAAAGUCCAAGCCACAUGGAGAAGUGCCCACAGAAAGAGGAGACUGGGGAAGAUUUGAGGUCUCGGAGCAACCUACCCUUGCCAGAUUGCAAACGUUCUGACUUACCCACACUGAAGAACAGUGAUGACAUGGAAAAGCCUGUCGAAAGUGUUCUCAAGUCAAACGUGCCGAACAUGGGGGCCACUGACACGGAUUUCUUGGGCCUUUUGAAACCCAACCGGUACGACCCAGGCCUUUCUUUUUCUGGAAUGUCAUUAUCAGAUUCUAUGACUCUUAGAGGAAGUGUACAUAGUAAACUCAAUCCUCGGCCAGGGAAGAUCGUGAUAUUCAGUGAGCCUGACAUCUCCGAGGAGUGCAUCGAGGUGUUCAGGGACAUCGAAGACUGCAGUUCUUGGCGCCUCUCUCCAGUGAUACUGGUGAAAGUUGUCAGAGGAUGUUGGAUUUUGUAUGAGAAAGCCAAUUUUGAAGGGCAUUCCAUUGCUCUAGAAGAAGGUGAAUUGGAACUCUCUGGUCUCUGGGGCAUGGAGGAGAUUUUGGAUGAAGAAGCAGAGUCUGAUAAACCUGUAGUAAUUGGUUCUAUCAGACACGUGGUCCAGGAUUACAGAAUUAGUCAAAUUGACCUGUUCACAGAACCGGAAGGGUUGGGGCUCCUGAGUUCCUACUUUGAUGAUGCUGAGGAAAUGCAAGGCUUCGGUGUGAUACAGAAGACAUGUUCCAUUAAAGUUCACUGGGGCACGUGGCUGAUCUACGAAGAACCCGGAUUUCAAGGUGUCCCCUUCAUCCUGGAGCCCGGUGAAUACCCUGACUUAUCCUUCUGGGACACUGAAGAAGCAUACAUUGGAUCCAUGCGGCCUCUGAAAAUGGGUGGCCGUAAAGUUGAAUUCCCUACGGACCCCAAGGUAGUUAUUUAUGAAAAGCCUUCCUUUGAAGGAAGGUGUAUGGAGCUAGAAACAGAAAUGUGUAGUUUUGUCAUGGAUGGAGGUGAGACAGAAGAAACGACUGGGAAUGACCAUCUGCCCUUUACAUCGGUGGGGUCUAUGAAAGUCCUAAGAGGCAUUUGGGUUGCGUAUGAGAAGUGUGGCUUCUCCGGUCAUCAGUAUUUGCUAGAAGAAGGAGAAUACAGGGACUGGAAAGACUGGGGUGGCUACGGCGGAGAACUUCAGUCUUUGCGCCCCAUCUUAAGUGACUUUUCAAAUGCUCACAUGAUAAUGUACAGUGAAAAGAACUUUGGCUCCAAAGGCUCCAGUAUUGAUGUCUUAGGAAUUGUUGCUAAUUUAAAGGAGACGGGAUAUGGAGUGAAGACACAAUCGAUCAAUGUGCUAAGUGGCGUAUGGGUAGCCUAUGAGAACCCUGACUUCACGGGAGAGCAGUAUAUCCUGGACAAAGGCUUGUACACCAGCUUUGAGGACUGGGGAGGCAAAAAUUAUAAGAUCUCUUCUGUCCAACCCAUAUGCUUGGAUUCUUUGACUGGUCCAAGGAAACGAAAUCAGAUUCACUUGUUUUCAGAACCACAGUUCCAAGGCCAAAGUCAAAGUUUUGACGAGACAAUAAACCAAAUUGAUGAUUCGUUUUUGACUAAAUCUUGCAGAGUUCUGGGAGGCAGCUGGGUUGCGUACGAUGGAGAAAAUUUCUCUGGCAAUCAGUAUGUGCUAGAAGAAGGCCAUUAUCCUUGUCUCUCAGCAAUGGGAUGCCUGCCUGGAGCGACCCUGAAGUCUCUUCGCUUUAUAGAUGUGGAAUUUUCUGAACCAACCAUUAUUCUUUUUGAAAGAGAAAACUUCAAAGGGAAGAAGAUUGAACUGAAUGCUGAGACAGUCAACCUCCGCUCCAUGGGCUUCAAUACUCAGAUCCGCUCUAUCCAGGUCAUUGGUGGCAUAUGGGUUACUUAUGAAUAUGGUAACUACAGAGGCCGACAGUUCCUACUAUCUCCUGCAGAAGUACCAAAUUGGUAUGAAUUCAGUGGCUGUCGCCAAAUUGGUUCUCUCCGGCCCUUUGCUCAGAAACGAAUUUACUUCAGACUUCGAAACAAAGCAACAGGACUGUUUAUGUCAACCAAUGGGAACUUAGAGGAUCUGAAGCUUCUUAGGAUCCAGGUCAUGGAAGACGUUGGUGCUGAUGAUCAGAUCUGGGUCUACCAAGAAGGCUGCAUCAAAUGCAGGAUAGCAGAAGACUGCUGCCUGACGAUCGUGGGCAGCCUCGUAACGUCUGGCUCUAAACUAGGACUGGCCCUCGAUCAAAAUGCUGACAGUCAGUUCUGGUGCAUGAAGUCCGAUGGACGGAUCUACAGCAAGUUGAAGCCAAAUUUAGUGUUGGAUGUGAAAGGAGGAUCACAGUACGAUCAAAAUCACAUCAUUCUCAACACAGUGAACACGGAGAAGUCAACCCAAGUGUGGGAAGCCAUGGUCCUAUGAGCCCGGACCAAGAAUGCAGGAGUGUUUCCGGGGGAUUUUCUGACCACGUGACUGAAGAAAAAUAAAACCACAGAGCUGACGGAGGAGCCAAGUGGAAAGUGAACCGAAGGCCAUGACAGGAAAAUAAUCUUUUCAAAGACGUUUGAGUAUGAAGCCACUAGUCUGUUCUCGUUUCUUGCCUUGUAUUUUCUCAGUAACUUCUUAAACAGGCUGCCCUGGUAGCAGCUUUUGGAUGUACAUGUUUUAAAGAUCAAGACCACGUCGUAACUUAUUUCCAGUGACAGGAGGAGACAAGACCUCUGCAUGUGGACAUACAGAUUCCCUUAGAGGCAUGAAUAAAAACCCAGGUUUGCUUAUCACAAGACUUUUAGCAUUGGAGGAUGCUUUGCCAGACUUCUGAUCCACUGCCUUAACGUUCUCCAGGAUCAUUUACUGUCUGAAUGCAGACUGGGAAAGUCCUAUACACACAGUCAUGUUCCAAGAAGUUUAGCAAGUAUAAACAAAACACUAUUUUAGUUAAUGUUCUAAACGAAUAAAUUCGCUAAUUUUCAUGUUGAUGUCUACUUAAAAGCAGAACUUGGGUUAUUUUAAUUCUCCUGUGGAGUGCCCUCAAGUGUCAGUUUAAUGCCCUCCUUACAGCUGCUACUGGGACAGUAUUAUGGCCUAAUUUAUUAAUCUUUACUAUAAUAUGGAAGCCAUAUCUGUAUCAGACCUUUCAGCCUGGUCUCUCCAGGGCCACCAGCAGGAGGACUGCUUUGGAUCUGACGACACCAGGAACCUCCCUUCUGGUAGCAGAUGUGUGAAGCUCUAGGAGAGGGUUAGUGGUCACUUCUAGGGAGUGAAGGAGAUCCCAGGGGCUCUGUGCAGCGUUCAUUCAGAGACCCAGAGCUCUGCAGGCAGUUCGGGAACAACCGCUGUGAUACACUGCUCCAGAUCCUGCUGCUCAAACAGUACAAUGUCCUUUUGAGCAAAACUGCCAGACAUUUCCUUGGACACAUCUUCCCCAUUUUGUCCUCAUCACAACAUUGGUGCUCUUGUCAGAGGCUCAACGAGGUCACUUCCGUUUCACCUGCUCGAGCCUGUUUCCUCUCUGGAGCCAACAGCAGGCACGUGUGCUUAUCUAGAUAGUUUAUCUGCAGCUUAAACAACACGUGCACAAGCAGCAGCAGCAGCAGCCAGCUCGUCUGUCUUCUUAAUGGACAUCUCUGAUUGUCAGCUUUGUGUAUAUCACUAUAGUAUGGUGGGGUAACCUGUUUGGUUUUAUGUCUCGAAUAAACUUAUUCCUCAUUAA